AUUAAACUUCCUUGCGCCCGGCCUGACCGGUCUACACACCACCGGCGCAGCCAGUCUCGCUUCUACCGCCAGCUUCUGCUGCCAACUCCCGCCACUCCUGCCGUCUCCUGCAUCACUUUCGAGGAACAUCGAGCAACUCUGCUGCAGCAACUGGGCAAUAAGGACAUUCAUUUGCUCCACAUCAAUUGUAAACAUUAACUUACCAGGCACACUGACCCAAGGGUAUAUAUUGCUUGGCUGGCUGUCGGUGCCACAACCGUCACCUCUGCGGCUGUCUCGGCUCGUCUCCGGUGAUACUGACACGCGGCAGUCAGUGGUACGUGCCGUCACACCCGCUAGCAACAUGUGGGUCUCCGUGUAUGCGAUAGUAGUGUUGGGAGCAGCAGCCGUGUUGGUCGAAUCAGAGACCACAACACCAGACAUCACCACACCAGAACCCGUCACCACCACACCAGAACCCGUCACCACCACACCAGAACCCGUCACCACCACACCAGAACCCGUCACCACCACACGAAAACCCGUCACCACCACACGAAAACCCGUCACCACCACACCAGAACCCGUCACCACCACACCAGAACCGGUCACCACCACACCAGAGCCCAUCACGAACACGGAGCCACACCCCGUAACCACCUUUUUCAGACCCGUGGACUGUGCAGAUCUCCUGUUGGCCGGGGCCAGUGUUAGCGGCGUGUACGAAAUCUACCCCUUCACAUGCAUGUGUGCAAAGCCGGUGAAGGUGUGGUGCGACAUGGAAACAGACGGCGGCGGCUGGACGGUGUUCCUCAGCCGCCAGCACCAGAAGGUCCAGCUUGAUUUCAGCCGCACGUGGAACGAUUACAAAAAAGGAUUCGGCAUUCCUUAUUCCGAGUACUACUUGGGCAAUGAUGUGCUGCACCAGAUGACGUUCAGCCGUUUUUACGCCAUCCGUCUGGACGUGACUUUAGCCUCGGGGGGUUACGACUUCGCCACCUACCAAUAUGUUAAAAUAGGUUCUGAGAACACCAGGUAUUCCGCCUCCGUGUGGGGCACUCAACUGGGAGGCACCAGCAACACGAAUUGUCUAGACCAAAUGAAUGGCCGCGCCUUCAUCACACGGGACAGGGACCUAGACAGCUCUAGCAGCAACUGUGCAAUACAAAGAAGAGGCGCGUGGUGGUAUCACAGCUGCUCGUACUUCAACCCCACUGGGCCCUUCAACAGGAGCCUCAUCCUGACCUGCAAAGGCCCCAAUAGAGCCGUGACUAAGCUUCAGCUCAAGCUGCGACCAUCCAUUUGUGACAACUCCUUCAAAACCGUCCACCUAAACGAAAAGGGCUGUGGCUGUGCUGCUCCGAAACACUAACAUUUUCACCACUCGACUUGGCCACCACAGAAUGACCCAGACAUUCCUCAUUCUUCCCGCUCUUGGUUGGGCUUAGCACUUCUUAGGCGCUCAAAGCUUUCAAAUCUCUCAUCAGGUCUCUUUCUAAAGGCCACAUACAUGAGCCCUUUAAAAGUAUUCGAGAUAAGACACCAAAAUGUUUGGAAAUACAGUUCUCAGUGAGAGCAGGUGAAAACUUUGGUUCGCCUUCGAGAGUGUGGUACUUGACAACGAAAUUCUUUGUUAACACUUAAAAGAGCUGAAUAAUGUUGUUUAUUAUCCACACAUUACACUGGACACGAUGUGUUCCCACUACGAGGACGAUGCACGAAAGUAAGUCACACGUGUCACGAAUAAACAAGUCAGCCUUCACAUCUUGAAGUAUUCUACGAUGUCACAUCAAGCAACACACUCCUUGGCGCACAUUGAUAAUAAGCAUAAGGAUUAUCUGCGUUUAUUAUAUUAACGCCGCCGUCUUACAUGGUCGACUAACAAAGAAGAAGAUUUUAUAUGUGUUUGCUACUUAAGUUAUUCUAUUAAUUGAGAGAAAUUUUUGUUAUUAUGCUUUCUGGUAUUAGGAUGGUGAGUAGUGGUGAUGGUGAUGAAUAUCGUCUCAUCACUCAGUCUUGCCUACACUGCUUUGGUGACAACAGUGGUAGUGGUGAUGAGCGCUCCCUCACCAUUGUGCAAACAUUUUACUUUUGCCAGUUUAUUCCGUCAUAUAUUUUUUUUCAUAAUUACUAAAACAUCUACAGACACACACACACACACACACACACACACACACACACACACACACACACACACACACACACACACAUUGGAAUUCCACUCCCGCUUCUGUAUUUCCACCUUCCUAUGACUUAAAUUCCAUGAACAGGGAGGUUUCAAGACACUUAUCCUUUGAUUUUUUUACUACUGCUUUGGACCCUAUUCGUGGACCGGCAUCUCUGUGGGCCUUUUUUUAUUUAUUGUAUUUUUGUUGCCCUUGACCGGUGUCCCUCCCACAUACUAAAACAAACACACACACACACACACACACACACACACACACACACAUUAUAACACCUUUACUUCAUCACAAUACAUUUCCAUCUAUGAGAUCACCGGAAGUAAGUAAACUACAGAACCGAUUGCAGUGACAAGUGCAGAUCACCUCAAGCUUCAGUUCCCGCUUGACUCGCAAUACCAACUUUCACUGCUUCACUCUGAUAAUUCCUCUCGUUUCUUGCAACUUUUCUCAUACUUUUAUUAGUAAGUAAGCAGUAAAGUAUAACUAUAAUAAAUAUAUAACAAAAACACUCGAUACAGAGCAUCUUAUGAUAGUAAAGCUGAAUAUAAUCAAUGUAUUGCUCUUUUUGCUGUAUCUUUUCGCAUAUUUUACUUUAUUUUUUUAUUAUUUUAUUAUUUUUUUUCUCUCUCAAUAAAAGAUAAGUUCUGGUUCGAGAUUUAUUUCUGAGGCUUGUGGAGAUGUACAGUGAGUGUGCGAAGUCGGUGGUGAAGGUCAGAUCAUGAUGUGGCUUGGUUGUGUGGAGAGGAAUGGAGGCGAAGAGGAGAGGAUUACAAGGAUAUUAUCAUUAGUAAGAGUUAAGAGCAGAUGUAGAGAAAUGGGACCUGCAAGACUGAAGCUUCUGAACAGUUUUUUUCUUUAUAACGGACGAGUCUAUGCACGAUGUAGAACUCCCUGUGUGUGUCAAAAUAAAUGAAUUUACUUUUAGUCUUUUUACUCAUUUGUACUUAAUCAGUGCCUAAUCCUAAGAACUCUUUUCAAAAUGAAAUUAAUGAUUCACAAGGACAGCAGCUAACCGCCUCACAA